GUUAAUGUCAGUUGUCAAAGUGGCGGGUUAAUUUUCGUUUUUGCUCUAACGUCGAGAAACUUUAAAGUAAUUCUUGCCGUUUUACUUUAAGUCUAAAACGAUGUCUCAACUGGACAUAUCAUGUGGCUUAGAAUAUAUAACAACUCCAGAUCUGCAAAAUUGUUUAAGUGAAGCUUUACGAUGUAAUUAUGCAUUUAUUGUAUCGCCGAUUGUACAUCCACGUUUUCGAAGACCGCAAUGUAUCAAUAGCAGAGUUGGCGGCUUUACGCGAUCAGAUAUGAUACUGUCCCCGCAAGACUGGACUAGUAGGAUAGUCGCGAAGGUUUCUUCAUACAUAAAUGUUGACUCAGAUUCACUAGUUGUGAAGCAGCGUCAUGAAGAUUGCUUGAAUGAGGAGUUAGGGUACUGCAGAGGCUUAGGUGUUCCUGCUAUUAUGUUAUCUAUACACGGUCGCCAAACAAAUAAUUUGGCUAGAAUUCUGCAGACAUAUUAUGAAACCAGUCAUCACCCGUCUCUAAUUUGGGCGUGUGUGCCUAUGGUAUGCAACAGAACAUUGAGAGGCUCAAAUCCUGAAGACAAUAAUAAGAAUUGUGAUAAUGAUGAAAAAGCUUGGAAUGAGCCAUGGAAUUGGUGGUCAGGGUUCCAUGAAAGGCUAGAGUGGGACAAGCGGGUUGGUGUUGUCUUGGAAUUGUCUGCUGAUCUCCCGUCACAAGACAUUGUGAAAAGAUGGCUAGGGGAACCAGUCAAAGCAAUCAUUUUGCCUACAUCAAUUUUCCACAACAACAAAAAGGGAUAUCCAGUGUUAUCUCGAGCGCAUCAACAAAUUGUAGUGAGUAUGGUGGAACGUGAGGCUCAAGUUAUUGUGAGUGGUGCAAGAAGAUCAAACAUUGAAUUUUACCUUCAGUACUUAUACAGAAUUUGGAAAAGACGCCCAAAUCCAGCUGAUGAUCCUAUGCUUAGUUAUGCAAGAGGUUGGGAAGAUUAUCUCCAAACACCAUUACAGCCACUAGCAGAUAAUUUAGAUACACACACAUACAAUGUAUUUGAAAAAGAUCCAGUUAAAUAUGACCAGUAUCAGAAAGCAAUAGCACAAGCUCUUAUAAACCUACAGAAAGCCAAGGCAAUAGAAAAACUGGAAGCAUAUAAUAAAAGUAAGAAGGAUGAAGUUGUAGAUGGCGUAAAUGUAUCAGAUAUUGGCCAAGGUGAGGGCAAAGUAGGGGAAAGCCACAAUGAUGACACAAUAACAAUUAUGGUGCUUGGAGCAGGGAGAGGUCCACUAGUUAGGGCUUCAUUUAAUGCUGCUGACAUAACUAGUACAAAAAUUAAGGUGAUAGCAGUAGAGAAGAACCCUUGUGCAGUGGUAGUACUUGCGGCACAAGUAAGGGAAGUUUGGCGAGACCGUGAUGUCAUAGUCAUACCGGGUGAUAUGAGGCAACUCAAACUUUCACCUAAAGCCGAUAUUAUUGUUUCAGAACUCUUGGGUUCAUGGGGAGACAAUGAGUUAUCCCCGGAAUGCUUAGACGGCGCUGCAGGUCUACUAAAAGCAGGCGGCAUUUCAAUACCAUGUUCAUACAGAUCGUAUGUUGCGCCGAUAUCUUCUCCGCGACUAUGGGCAGCCGCCCGAGCUGCCUCCUCGGGAGUCACGCCCCAGAAAGAGAAGAACCUAGAAACUCUUUGGGUUGUUUACAUGCAGAAUAAACAUGAUAUUGCUGACACCAAGUUGGUGUUUACAUUUGAACAUCCUGCAAAAGCUAUACAGGAUCAAGAAGGUCAAGAGUUGAGUGACUACAGGGGCUUGCCACUGACAGAUAACAGAAGAUCAACUACAUUGACCUGGAAAGUGGAACAGGAUAAUGUGAUGCAUGGAUUUGGUGGUUACUUUGACUGUUCAUUGUAUGGUAGUGAAAUGAUAAGCAUAGUACCUUCCACACACAGUCCUGGUAUGAUAUCAUGGUUCCCAGUGUUCAUUCCAAUCAAGACACCACUAAGGGUGCAAAAAGGUGACGUGAUAAAGGCAACAUUUUGGCGUUGCGUGGAUUCUCGUCGAGUAUGGUACGAGUGGAAUGCUGAAGUUGGUGGCCACAUUACUGCCCUGCACAACCCCAAUGGGCGCAGUUCAGAAAUGUUAUUAUGAUUGAGCUACGUUGAGAACAACAACACCCUAAUUCCUGGGUAGUCAGAUAAAAAAGAGCACAUUAGAAACAAAUAUAUAAGAUACAGCAAAUGCUAAUUGAGAGACAAUCAUUGACUUAUAUUCAAUGAAGUAUCUGAUAUUUUUUUACAUGUGAUUCCCUUGUGUUAUAAUAGCCUUGAUUUAUAAAAGGUUUUUUGUUCUGCAUUUUCUACUUGGUUAAGAACUGAUGUGUUUAUAUUUUUGUAAAUACUGUGCUAAGAAUAAAUUUUUAAUAUGAAAAGGUUA